CCACUCACCUCUUGGAAUUAUUUUAUGGGCUUUAUGAAUUUGGGCCGACAAAAAAAAUCUGAGAGGAACCGACUCAACCGGAUCGUUAUAAACCCGACCCGUUCUCAUCCGGGCGGUAUCACCCGAGACAGUGACAUCAUAUACAGGAGAGGAGCGUCCAAGAAUCUCGUUAGCGUCUCUCCAAGCAAGCAAGCAAGAAGAAGAAGCCUCUCACUUUCUCACGGCAAAGAUGCUCACAGUAAGCGUGAAGUGGCAAAAGAAGGUGUUUGAAGGAAUCGAGAUUGAUCCCACUCUGCCUCCUUAUGUGUUCAAGGCUCAGCUGUAUGAUUUGACUGGAGUUCCUCCAGAGAGGCAAAAGAUCAUGGUCAAAGGUGGACUCUUGAAGGAUGAUGCAGAUUGGUCGGCUAUUGGAGUGAAAGAUGGUCAGAAGCUGAUGAUGAUGGGAACUGCAGAUGAGAUUGUGAAAGCUCCUGAAAAGGCUAUUGUUUUUGCUGAGGAUCUACCUGAAGAAGAGCAAGCCACUCAUCUGGGUUAUAGUGCAGGCCUUGUCAAUCUUGGCAACACAUGUUACAUGAACUCCACGGUGCAGUGCUUAAAAUCUGUCCCAGAGUUGAAAUCUGCAUUGUCCAACUACGCACUUACUGGACGAAGCAAUGAUGUGGACCAGACUUCUCACAUGCUCACAGUUGCCACACGUGAGCUAUUUGGUGAUCUUGACAGAAGUGUCAAUGCUGUUUCCCCUACGCAGUUCUGGAUGACAUUACGAAAAAAAUUCCCUCAGUUUAGUCAGUUGCAGAAUGGAAUGCACAUGCAGCAGGAUGCUGAAGAAUGUUGGACACAACUAUUAUACACUCUUUCUCAGUCCCUAAAAGCACCAACUUCCAGCGAAGAUUCUGAUGCUGUGAAAGCUCUCUUUGGUGUCAAUCUUCGGAGCAGGGUGCAUUGUCAAGAAAGUGGCGAAGAAAGCUCAGAGACGGAAUCUGUAUAUUCUCUGAAAUGUCAUAUAUCACACGAGGUGAACCACUUGCAUGAAGGAUUAAAACAUGGGCUGAAAGGAGAACUUGAAAAAACAUCUCCUGCUCUUGGCCGUACUGCGCUUUACCUCAAGGAGUCCCUUAUAGAUUCCUUGCCCAGGUACUUGACCGUUCAGUUUGUGCGAUUCUUCUGGAAAAGGGAGACUAAUCAGAAAGCAAAGAUUCUCAGGAAAGUGGAUUACCCGCUGGAAUUGGAUAUAUUUGACCUUUGUUCUGAGGAACUCCGAAAGAAACUGGAAGCUCCUCGCCAGAAACUAAGAGAUGAGGAAGGUAAAAAGCUUGGUCUGCAACCAAAGAGUAGCUCAAAGGACAGCGAUGUGAAAAUGACUGAUGCAGAGGCGUCAUCAAAAGAAAGUGGAGAAUCAUCCACCGUUACCCAACAGGAAGGUGGUUCAUCUGAGAAGGGAACUCUUCACAUGACCGGAAUCUAUGACCUUGUCUCUGUGCUAACCCACAAGGGAAGGAGUGCGGACUCUGGUCAUUAUGUUGCAUGGGUCAAGCAAGAGAGUGGCAAAUGGAUUCAGUAUGAUGAUAGCCACCCGAGCCUGCAACGGGAGGAAGACAUCACGAAGCUAUCUGGAGGAGGUGAUUGGCAUAUGGCGUACAUCAUUAUGUACAAAGCCCGCUUCGUCUCCAUGUGAUCUCUGUCUCUCUCUUCCUCUUGGUUCUUUUGUAGUUCUUGAAACGUUCAUGAUCGUUAAAAGCAUGAAAUAGACCACCUCAGAGGUUUCAGUUUAUUACAAUGUUGAGACUGUAUUUUGUCACAAUAUACUAUCAAGACCGUCAAUUGUUUCUUUCGUUUUACCCAUCACCCAUUAUGGCAGUCCAAUUUGGA